AUGGAAAAGUACUCCGUCUCCAUGGAUCGGCACGGCGGCAGUCUCGAUGGCGAUGGACAGGCACAUUGCCCGAAAAGGACACCAAAGAAGCGGCGGAGCGGAAAGAAAAACAUAUCGUCUGUAAUCUUCAUAGCAAAACGACAAGACCACGACGACAAGAACACGCCACUCCGGCGGCCAACAGCAAAAGCACGGCGAGUCAGGAAUGGACGCCAAAAGCCUUGGUUUAUUGUCUUGGCCGACCGACAGCCCGCCUACAGAGACUUAUUCGACUCGCUGGGCUCGCCAAUCUCUCCGUGA